AUGAUCAUUUCUAAAAGAAAUUACCUCGAAAAAAUGGAGAUGGCAAAGCCCUUAAAGGGUUUCAUAGAUCAAAUUUUGAAUUGUCCAGAUGAGGAAUUGGCUACCCUUUUGAACUCACAGACAACAUGGGAAAGACCAACAGGUGACUUGUUCCACUGGGUCCCAGUGUUGAAUCUGUUUGACCAGAUGUUUGCCUGGUAUAUUAAAAAGUACUCUUUGGAUGAAGAAUACCCAAAGUUGAAAUUAUUCGAGCGUGAAGAUUCGGAGAGGGCUGUUGCUUGCUUAAGGUUUACAAGUUUACUAUUUGAACAUUGUACGAAUAGAUCGAUAUAUGGUAGCACUGACAGAUUGCACUGCUUAAUCAACACUCCUGAUAUCGAUGUCUUACUAGCAACGUUGGAUUUGUUAUUAACCAUCAAUACCAAAUUUCCUACGACCAAGGCAACCAAGCAGAAAUUUUUAAAAAUUGCCAAAGUAUACCCUCCUCCUGUCCCAACCCUGUUCAAAGUUGAACCUUCAAAGGACUCCUCGAACUCAUCAAGCGAGGAGAAGGACAUAAACGAGCAGUACAGUUUACUAGAUACAUUGGGAAACAAGAAAUAUCCCUCAAAGUGGAAAUCUGUGCAUUUCCAAUACUUUAAUGAAGCCAAGAGAGAAGAAGAACUGAAAAGGGCCAAAAAAAAUAACAAAAAGAGAAAGAUAGAGAAGGCUGAAGGUAAGGAGGUAUCACUGGAUCCAUCUCCCAAGAGUGGUACUGGGGCCUCAGGAAUUACUACAUUUUCCUUGUCUGAAGAAAAAGUCAAAUCACUUAGUCUUGAAGAGAUUUUUGAAAAAGGCUGCGCUGUCAUUCCUCAGGAGUUCUGGUAUGACUUUGCACUCCACACUCUUACAAUUAAAUCUUUCAGUUCGAAACAGCCAAAGGCAAUGAAAUUGAGAGAAAAAUUGUUACAAAUGAAAUGCCUCAGUAUAGGUUACAUCUCACGUCAUAAAGAUUCUGCAUCAUCCAGAUUGUUUGAAACGCAGCCAUUCAUUUUCAGCUUCUUGGUUGACUUGAUCCAACCAGAAAACUCUAAAUUAGUCACCGACGAAGUGUAUAGCAGUGCUGUAAGAGCCUUAGAAAGUAUUUCAUCGAUGCGCACCGCACUUGGUAGUGAUCUCUUAAGGUGUCUUGGAGGAAAUGUGAGUCAUGGAAUUAUGUUCCAGUGCAUCAGAAAUAUUAAUAAGAAAGUUGUUAAUGAGGACCCAAAUCUAAAUGAACAAAACUAUAUUCACUUUUUUGAUAUGUUAGGUAAUCUAAUUGAACUGAAAACUUUGGUGCCAAGAUUAGUUUCCGGUGGAUUACUAACCGACUUAAUGUCUUUUUUGAAUAUCAAAUCGAAAUAUAGAUGGUUAACCUCUGCCGCAAUGCAUUUGAUAGUUUUACUAUUGGAAUUUUCUCCAGAAAGUUUAAAUGAGUUUAUCAAUAGUGGGGGCUUUCAGAAGUUAAUAGAUUCUGUCAAAUCUGAGGUAAAUUUUGCAUUGGAAAAUCCAAAUUAUGGGGGAGGUGCACCAAAGGAUGCCAUUGUCUACUAUUCGAUUACUUUCAGACAGGCCAACUAUAUUAAAAAUUUAAUUGGGCUAGUUCUGCAAUUAAUUCAAUCGGAUGCUGGUGAUAGGCUAAGAAAUUUGUUCGAUUCGCCAUUAUUGAACUACCUCAAUGCCAUUUUGCUCAAUCCAAAUGUGUUUGGUCCUACUAUUCUUUCAUCCACUAUUGAUGUUGUCUUUUACAUCAUUCACAAUGAGCCUACUGCAUAUUCAAUCUUAAAUGAAGCAAAAGUUAUUGAUACCAUAUUGGAUAACUUUGAAAAUAUCUUUUUGCCCAAUGGAGCUUUAUUAAUGAGUUUACCUGAAGUUUUGGGAGCUAUAUGUUUGAAUAACGAUGGUUUGAAAAAAGUUAUCGAGAAAAACUGCAUUACUAAAUUUUUUGAUUCCUUCUUUGACUUGAGGUUUGCAAAAGAAAUGGCGAAAACUGAUCUGUCGACCAACAUAGGGUGUUCAAUAGAUGAAUUAGGUAGACAUUAUCCAGCUUUAAAACCGGUAAUAAUGAAGGAAGUUAAAAGAAUUGUAAAAGAUUUACCAAAAUAUGCUAAUGAAAUUCUCCCUGGUAUACAAUUCUAUCAACAUCCUACAGGCAAUCUAUUCUUGGGACUGAAGGAAGUAACAGUCGAAGAUGAAGCUGAUAGACAUGAAAUAUAUAACUGGGAGGCAUGUGAACAAGCAUACAUUAUCGACAAUGCAUUUUUCUUCUUCGGAGGAUUGUUUCAAGACAGUUCACUGUGGGGAGAGCUUGCAAUUACAGAACUUUCAUAUGAAGAUUGGACCAAUUUUUUAACUAUCAGUAAUGCUCCCUUCGAUUAUACUACGUCUGAUUCAUUUUCAUGUCUAAUAGAUGUUUUGAAAUAUUUUGACGAGGAAAAAGGUGACUAUGGUUUACCUCCUUUGAUAAAAAUUAUAAUGAAGAAAAUGGAAAGCUCUCUAGUGCAAGCAUUUAUUCAUUAUGAAGACAAUGAAACGUCAUUUUUUGAGCAAGAAUCAGAAUCACUAACACAGAUAUUAAAGGAAAUUAAUACCUUAAAUGUUCUCAUGUAUACCUUAACUGAAAUUUAUGUAAAUCCAGGCUCAAUAUAUUAUGAAAGGGUUCAUCAACUCGGUACUUUAUUUGGUACAAAUGAAGGAAUUCACUUAAUUGAAGAGUUUGGAUUAUUAUUAAGAAGAUGUAUGAUUGAAGAAAUCUUGAUUAGAACAAGAUUACCAAAAGAGGUUGUUAUGCAAACUGCUCCUUUAAUUGAGGAAGCGGGAAGUGCUUCUUCUUUCCCCCCAGCUCAAAUAUUCUCUGAAGAGCCAAAGACCUCAACUUUGAAUCCUGAAAAGCAAGACACUAGUGCCAAGUUCAAAAAUACUUUGCAACUAAGAUUCCUUUUCUAUAGGUUUCAAAACUAUGUUUCCACCAUAUAUUGCUCAUUGGGAAGAGUUCUCAUGAUUAAGAAACAAGAUUAUCUUGAAGCUGACUGGAGAAAGGGUGUUGUUAGACUUACUUUAAAAAUCUCCGAAAUUUUCACGGAGUUGUUGAACACAAAUUUUCAUUCUCGUAUUGAACACGAAGAACCAUUUUUGUUAGUGUUGAUACAUAUUGCAUUAUUUUGUAUGACUCACAAAGAAACUCAAAGAUACACGGGAAAUGAAUGUGUUCAAUGUGGUUUAGUAAUUGGUUUGUUCCAGAAUGGAUUCUUCAACAAGUUGAAGGAUAUCUCGCUUACAUCCUAUGAUUCGUUGUUAAAAAUGGAUGUUGAAGAAGCAGAUGCAACCAAUGCAUUAACUUACAUAAAUCAAAGCAGAAGCAGUAUGCUUAAAAAUAUUUUAAGUCAAUCACUUACUAUAUUUAGUGAGAUUACCAAUAGGAAGAGGUAUUGGCCAUUGCUUUCGGCUGGGCGUUAUUUUCACGAUGGAUAUCCAGAUGACACUGAAGAGGCAUUAAUUUUAAGUUUAUGCCAUCAAACUAGGAUAAUUGGAUUUGAACUAUUAGACAAAAUAGUUCAUCAUGAAAUUGGAAAUUUUCAAAAUGUUCCGACUCCAAUAGUGGAAAUAGUUGUAGAUAUCGCUACUAACGUUUAUGUUGUCGUUCCAAGGUUUGAACAUGCGGAGGAUUUUAUUCCAUUUGAUGUAGAAAAUGUGUCCCCUCCAUCAAAGUUUUUAAAUAUUUUGACUACGGAGAUGACUCAAGCUCAAGCUCAACAUUAUCUCAAACAUGCAAAGAAUUUGAUAAACUUGUCCAAGGGAAUUCGAGCUGAUGAUAGGAAAAGUUUUGUAUCAGAAGAAACAUGGAAUAACCUAAUAGAAAAAGUUGCGGAAUUAGAUAAAGAUGAUUUAGUAAGUAUUCCAAAAACAACUUAUAGAGCUAAAAAACUAAAUGAAUUAUUGGCCACUAAUGAUAAGACUUUUGUGAUUCAGUGGCUCCGAAUGAUUGAACAUUAUCCCAAAUGUAUUGAUUCAAUGAGCACCUUAGUUGUUGGAGCUCGUUAUAAGUAUAGAGUCGAAGACACUAAGCUUAUUUCAUCAUACUUGUAUGACCUAUACGACGAAAUAGCUAACGGUACAAAAGAAAAGAAUAAGCAAAUGAAUUUGAUUAUGAAAUUAUUCUCAAAACGACUUGAUGAUAACGAUGACAAUAGAGAGAACAAUGAAAAAUUCAAAUCAUUUAUUUGUAAUUGUUUGAAGCAAAAGGAUAAUUUGAAUCAAGACUGGAUUGCUGAUGGUUUGUUACUUAUUGAGAAAUUUUUAGUAUGGACUAGCUUACCCGUUGAGGAAAGGACUGAAGUUUUGAGUGACCAAAAAUGGGUUGAGCUUCCUCCCUACCAAAUGAGUAAAGCUGAAUUUGAUAGCAUUUUAACACAAUUGGUUGAAAUUGAUAUUCCGAGUGUAUCAAAUAUAAGGACAGCUAUAUCUUUAAGUAGAAUAUUCACGUUGAAUGCUGGAAAUCCUAUCGUAACUAGAAAAAUCUUUGCAAUAGUAAAAGAUUUUAUAAAGUUGAAUAAGCUGAUUCAGCAUGAAGACCGCUCUGUAAUUCAAGAGUACUUCCUGUGCUUGACAUGUCUCAUUAGAAGAUGCUUUGAAACAAUGGAAGUGUUAAGAAGUAUAAUGACUUCUGAAGUUGCUUCGGUCGGCCGUAACAACUUUAGAGUGUCCUCAGAUCUUCAUGGCAUUCUCAUAGAGACAAAAGAUCUAGCUUUUAGGGAUUAUGAAUUGUUGAUUGAGUUGUUGAGUAAAGAAUUAAGAAUUGAAAAUUAUGAUGGCUUACCAAUAUUUUCAAUGAAAGUAUUCAAGGUGAAAGAAUCCAAUGCAGGUAAAUCUUCGGAUACUCCAAUGGAGGAUGCAGUUACCGAAGAGACUCAGGCUGCAUCAGAACCUAGUUUCGAAUCGUCGGGAAUUGUUCAAGUACUUGUAUCUGAGCUAAUGGAUAAUUUUAAAGGUCUGAAUUGGACUUCUGAUCCACCAGAAUUGAAAGAAGAGAUGGAAAAGAAAGCUAAAGAGGAUGAAAAAGCAAAUAAAAUCAUUCUGAAGAAGCAAGCCAAAGAGCUAAGAGAAGCUAACGUUUUCAGAAAUAAAAGCUUUUCUUACAUAUGCUUUUUGCUUCAAACAAUAACAGAGUUGGUAAGUUCAUACAAGCAACCCAAACUUGAAUUCAUUACCUUUUCCAAGAAAGGCAAAGAUGAACUGAGGAAGCCAAGAUCUACAGCUUUGAAUUUUUUAAUCCACCAAUUGAUUUCAACUCAACAACUUCUUCCUAAGAAUGUCACUGAUACUACAGUCGGUUCUGAAAAUGAACGUAAAGCUGCAGUUGCAUCGUUAUCUAAAUUAUGCAUCCUUGGGUUAAUUUCCACACCUAUUCUUGACGAGAAAAAUACACCAAUUGCAACUAAAGAAGAUACAGAUAUGGCCUUUAUUAGAAAGUUUUAUGUCGAUAUCUUGCUGAAAAUCUUCAAAGAAACUAAUGAUUCUAUCAACUUGACACCUACUUUACGAUAUUCUAAGUUUAUGGAUCUAGCUGAUUUGUGCUCUUCACUUAUCUCAAAUAAAUUUAGAGAUUUGAUGGGUCCGGUUUUGAAUAAAAAUGCAAUCAAAUAUGAUACCUAUUAUCUUGGAAAAGCCAUGAUUGAUAAACAAAUUCCAAAUCAAAUAAGCUCCAUUGCAGCAGACUUUGACCUUAAUUUCCCUAAUAUCGACAAGGUGAUCAAGAUUUGUCUCAAACCUAUCUCAUUCAUUGGUAAAAUAAAGACUGAAUAUCAGUCAUUUUUUGAAGAGGAAAAUAAGCAUCAUCUUGAUGGCGGUGGGGGCUACGAAGAUGACGAUAUCGUCGUAUCAGAAGAUAAUGAAGAAGAUGGGAGAGACGAAACUCCUGAUUUGUUCAGAAAUUCGACGUUAGGUAUGUAUGAUGUCGAAUCAGAUAGUGAAGAAGACGAUGAAGAUAAUGAAUUUGACUUUUAUGAUGAUAAUGGCCCACUUGAAGUAUUAAUGGAUGGAGAAGACGUUGAUGUUGAAGAUGACGAGGAUGACGAUGAUGAUGAGGAUGACGAUGAUGAUGACGACGAUGAUGAGGAUGACGAUGAUGACGAUAUGGAAGAUGAUGAAGGUGAUAGUGGGGACAUUGAUAUGGAUGAAGAGUUAGACUUCCUGGGACGUCAAGGUUUUGUUAGAGAUAUUGACUUGAUAGAUGUCGUGUCCGAUGAAGAGGACGAGGAUGGAGAUGAAGGUGACUCGGUAGUUGAUGACGAAUUAAAUCUGGAUGAAAAUUCUGAUUUCUAUGAUUUUGAUGAAGGUGAAAGUGUUAGUGAAUAUGACGAUGAUGAAUUAGAUGGAUGGAUUGAAGCUUUCGAAAGUGAUGCUGAUGCUGAUGAGGUGGAUGGCUUAGAUGCUGAUGAAGAUUCUAGUGUCAUCCGAAGAACAGCGAUUAUCAACAAUGCGAGAUCUUCGAGAGGUAGGACUAGUAGUUCAGGAAGUGUGAACUCUCACAGCCACGGUUUAAGAGGUGAAUAUGCAGACGACAGUGAUGCAGGCGACAUUGGAGUAGAAGAUAACUCCGAUGAAUCCGAUGGUGAAUCAACUUCCUUCAGAGCGAUUGAAUCAAGAGCCAGAGGACGAGAUUUUGCAAACACCUUUUUUGAUGCAAUAUUGCCCGUUGGUGCAGAGGCAAUUGGAUAUGUUGGCGUAGGAAGUAAUGGUAUGUCAAGAAUAUUUGGGGGCUCAUUUAGUGAAAAUGGUGAUGAUAAUAGAUUAUUGAGAGGCUCUAUUCAAAUAGGUGGAAGUGGGACUGCUAAUGCGGGUACUGGUCGUGCUUCUGGUCUUAGAGGAAGAGGUAUUCAUGGUUUCGAACGGACCAUUGAAAGAAUUUUGCUAGGUACUAACAUUAGAAAGCCCACCCGCCCUGAUGAUCCUUUAAACAACAUGUACAUUAAAUCUACAAGAGAACGCUGGAAUGAGACAUUUAAAAAGUGCUAUGUACCAUUUACAUUCAAUGCUGAAUUGGCCAUUGCUCCAAAAAUUCUCAAUUUAAUUAGUGACGAGAGCUUAAAUAUAUAUAGGGAAAAGAAAGAAAAAGAGCAAUUAUUGAAGAAAGAGCAUGACGAAAAGAUGAAGAAAAGACAAGAAGCAGAAAGAAUCAGAAGAGAAGAAGAAGCUAAAGCAAGAGAGUUGCAGGCUGCAAAUGACCCUUCUCUGGUGCAAGAACCAAUUAUGGUAACAAUCGGCGAUAGGGAAGUUGACAUUAGUGGAACUGAUAUUGAUCCUGAAUUUUUUGAAGCUUUACCAGAUGACAUGAGAGAGGAAGUAUUCACCCAACAUGUCAGGGAAAGAAGGGCUAAUGCGAAUAUUACUGGAGAGGACACAAGAGAAAUCGAUCCAGAUUUCUUAGACGCAUUGCCGGACCACCUCAGAGAAGAAAUCUUACAGCAAGAGCUUAUGGCCAGAAGGUUCAAUGCCAUGGAUGAUAUAGACGAUGAGGAUGAUGAUGAUGACGAAGAUGAUGGUGGAGAAGAACAUGAGAAUGGGGAAGAAAACAUCAUUCUUGGCGAAAGUUCCAGAUUGGAAGAUGGAACAGCAGCUACGGAAGGUACGUCUGCUACUGGAGAAAAUGGUUUAUCUUCAACUACUCCUGCUGGAAAAGCAGCUCCUACGUCCAAAGCCAAAAGGAGCUUCUUCACUCCUUUAGUUGAACGUUCAGGUGUUGCUUCGUUAAUUCGUCUCCUCUUCAUUCCUCAACCUAUGAAUCAAAGGGAUUCAAUCCAUCAAGCCUUGGAGCACCUUUGCCACAAUAAGCAGUCUAGGGCUGAAGUUAUAAAUUUACUUAUAUCUAUUCUCCAGGAUGGUUUGCAUAGUCAGAAGUCUAUUGAAAAAUCUUUUGCACAAGUUUCCCUCCGAGCUAGAUGUGGAAAGUCAAAGCCAGAGGGUAAUUACCAAUUUCCAUUGGGAGGUACACCCGUCGUAAUUGGUAAUCAGAUUAUAGAAGCAGUUUUACAUUUAUUGGAUAAAAACGUUCAUAUUAGAUACUACCUUUUAACUGAACAUGAGAAUGUGUAUAAGAAGAAGGGCUCAGCUCAUACGACUGUUGGAGCCAAGGAAUCCAAAUACCCAAUCAAUUAUUUACUUGGCCUUUUAGAGAAUGAUUUAGUCAAAACAGAACAGCCGUUCAUGGAUAUUUUGGCUCUGGUUUUCCAACUUGCAACAAGACCAUUACAUAUUUUAAAGAAAGUUAAGAAUUCCAAACCACCUUUCGCUCCGCCAUUCAUUCCCGAUCACAAUUUCCGUUUAUUGAUUCAAAUAUUAGUUUCUCAUGAUUGUUCCAAGACAACUUUCAGGACUACUAUCAGUACCAUGCAGAACUUAAGUGUCCUAAAAAAUGCUCAAAGAGUGUUUUCUCUUGAAUUAUCUGAUCAGGCAACGUCUUUAGGGAAAACUCUAAUUAGUGACUUGAAUGCAUUAACUACUGAAAUAGUGAAUGUCAGCUCCUAUGAUACCGAAGGGACUUCAUUUCCUAAGUUUAGUGCAUCAUCCUCAGAUCAAGCCAGAUUGCUUAGAAUUCUCACAGCGCUUGAUUAUAUGUUUGAAUCAAAAACUAAAGAUGAAGAUGAAUCUAAUACACUUUCUGGGGCUGAUGACGAUGAAAUAGAGGAGUUAACGGGCUUAUAUAGAAAACUUGCUCUUGGAUCAUUAUGGGAUUCAUUAAGUGAGAUUUUGCGAGUAUUGGGUGAGAAGCAAGACAUGAUGUCCAACGUAUCAACUGCAUUACUUCCAUUGAUUGAAUCAUUGAUGGUUGUCUGUAAACAUAGCAAAGUUAAGGAUUUGCCAAUUAAAGAGGUUGUAUUGAAAUAUGAGCCAACUCACAAAAGAAUUGAUUUCACUAAGGAACCCAUAGAGAAUUUAUUCUUUUCGUUCACUGAUGAACACAAGAAAAUUUUGAAUCAAAUGGUUAGAACAAACCCAAAUUUGAUGAGUGGGCCAUUCGGUAUAUUAGUGAGAAAUCCAAGGGUCUUAGAAUUCGAUAACAAAAAGAAUUACUUUGAUAGAAUGUUACACAGACUGAAGGAUGAACACCAGAAAUUAUCUAUAACUGUUAGGAGAGAUCAAGUUUUCUUAGAUUCAUAUAGGGCAUUGUUUUUUAAACCACAAAACGAGUUUAGGAAUAGUAAAUUAGAAAUUACUUUCAAGGGAGAAGCUGGAGUAGAUGCUGGAGGUGUUACUAGAGAAUGGUAUCAAGUUUUAUCAAGACAAAUGUUUAAUCCAGAUUAUGCCCUCUUUACUCCUGUUGCAUCGGAUGAGACUACAUUCCACCCUAAUAGAACAUCAUAUGUUAACCCCGAACAUCUAUCAUUUUUCAAAUUUAUUGGUAGAAUUAUCGGGAAAGCCAUAUUUGAUGGAAGUUUCUUGGAUUGUCAUUUUAGUAGAGCAGUCUACAAACGGUUAUUAAGUAGACCUGUGUCCUUGAAAGACGUUGAAACCUUGGAUUUGGAAUAUUAUAAAUCAUUAUUAUGGAUGUUAGAAAAUGAUAUCACCGAUGUAAUUACUGAAGAUUUUUCAGUUGAGACUGAUGAUUAUGGUGAACAUAAGAUCAUUGAAUUAGUCCCUAAUGGAGCUAGCAUUCCAGUUACUGAGUCCAACAAACAAGAUUAUGUGAAAAAGGUUGUUGAAUAUAGAUUACAGACUUCUAUCACAGAGCAAAUGGAUAACUUUUUGAUUGGUUUCCAUGAAAUUAUAAAUAAGGACCUUGUUGCGAUCUUUGACGAACAGGAGUUGGAAUUAUUAAUAUCUGGAUUACCUGACAUUGAUGUUGACGACUGGAAAAACAAUUCAACAUAUAGUAAUUAUUCACCAUCUUCACCUCAGAUCCAAUGGUUCUGGAGAGCAGUGAAGUCAUUCGAUACUGAAGAGAGAGCCAAAUUGUUACAAUUUGCGACCGGUACAUCAAAGGUACCAUUAACUGGAUUCAAAGGGUUAAGUGGUAGCAAUGGUACUUGCAAAUUCAGCAUACAUAGAGAUUAUAGCAGCACAGAUAGAUUGCCACUGAGUCAUACAUGCUUUAACCAGAUUGACUUGCCAGCAUAUGAGCUGUAUGAACAAUUGAGAGGCAAUUUAUUAUUAGCGUUAACUGAGGGUCAUGAAGGAUUCGGAUUAGCUUAA